AGGGGAUGUCAGAGUUAUGAGCUCUUUGAAAAAAACUCCACUGGCGAUCACAGAGAAAGACUAUAUACUGUUAAGUGAAAAUGUGAAUUCACUUCUCCAGCGGGGCCAAUUACGCACAGAGAUGCGCUGAGCAAUUGGCGCAUUCAUCAAGAAACAAAACACGAGAAAAGCAGGUGGUUGUGUCUUCCAGCUCUUUUAUUGAGGAGCUAUAAUCUGGCUGUCACCAAUGACUGUCACCUACACAGCCAGGGUUGCAAACGCCCGUUUCUGUGGCUUCUCCAAGCUGCUUUUGGCCUGGAAAGGCAGCAUCUACAAGGUUUUAUAUAAAGAGUUCCUGGCUUUCUUUGCCAUGUAUACCGCCAUCAGCAUCACAUACAGAUUUUUCCUGUAUGAUGAUCAGAAGAGGUAUUUUGAAAAGCUGGCAAUUUAUUGCAACCACUACGCCAGUCUCAUCCCGAUGUCCUUUGUACUGGGUUUCUAUGUGACCCUGGUGGUGAACCGGUGGUGGAGCCAGUACACCAGCAUCCCGCUCCCUGACAGGCUCAUGUGCAUCUUGUCGGGGGGCCUCCAGGGGACCGAUGAGCGUGGCCGUCUGCUGAGACGAACCAUGAUGCGUUACACCAGUCUGUCAGCCCUGCUCAUCCUCCGCUCCGUCAGCACGGCCGUAUUCAAGCGGUUCCCCACCAUGGACCACGUGGUGGAGGCGGGAUUCAUGUCAAGAGAGGAACGUAAGAAGUUUGAGGGGCUCCACUCUCCAUAUAAUAAAUACUGGAUCCCCUGCGUUUGGUUCACCAACUUGGCGGCUGCGGCCCGCUGCGAGGGCAGGAUCAAAGACGAUCACACACUCAAACUACUGCUGGAGGAGCUGAAUGCGUUCAGAGGGAAGUGCAGCAUGCUGUUUCAUUAUGACAUGAUCAGCGUUCCCCUCGUCUACACUCAGGUGGUGACGUUGGCCGUGUACAGUUUUUUCCUGGUGUGUCUGAUUGGUCGCCAGUUCCUGGACCCCAAUCAAGGCUAUCCAGGUCAUGACCUCGACCUCUACGUACCCAUCUUCACCCUGCUGCAGUUCUUCUUUUACGCUGGCUGGCUCAAGGUUGCAGAGCAGCUGAUCAACCCUUUUGGAGAAGAUGACGAUGACUUUGAGACCAACUGGCUAAUAGACAGAAAUUUCCAGGUGUCCAUGAUGGCGGUGGACGAGAUGUAUGGUGAUCUGCCGAUGAUGGAGAGAGAUCGCUACUGGAAUGAUUCCAACCCCAGACCCCCCUACACCGCCGCCACUCUCUUUGUCCUCCGCAAACCCUCCUUCCAGGGGUCCACUUUCGACAUGGCAAUCCCUAAAGAGGAGAUGCACUUCCAGCCUCUGGAGGACAUUGCUGAGAACCUGGAGGAGUCAGGCGGUCAUCACCCCAACAUGGCCCUCUUCAACCGCCUGCUCAAAGUGGCUCCUUCCCCCACCGGCUUAAUGGGAGGGGCCCUUCGCCGCACCUCAGCACAACUCCAGAGGCUACGCCACUCUCCCAGCAUUGACCUAUGCACCAGCGAUGAUGAGGAUGAUGAAAGUGGUAAAAUAGGUAAAGGUGGGUCUCUGCCGUCAGGGCUGGGGCUGGAAACACAGAGCACCGUGUGCAGUUUCAGGGAGGAGAAGAGCGCUAGAACGCCUCUGCUGGAGAUUCAGUUUGGAGCGGAGCAGCAGGAGAGGCGAGGAGGGCACCCUGCUGCCAAUGAGAAGAAGGGAGUGAGAGCAGUGGAGGGGAUGAGUGUGGAAGAGUGGCAGAGGGAGGAAAGAGGGAAAGUGGGGGAGACCCAAGUUCCAGCCUCACUGCUCCCUCCUCCCCCCCAGUCCUCAAAAGAGACUUCCACCCAAUCAGCCUCCGCCAUUUCCUUCCCCUCCUGUCACCCCUCUGCCUUCCUGUUUCACCCAACUGCCCACUCCAGUCUGGAGCACUGCAGCUCCCAGCCGGCUAUCAACCAGAACAGAGCCGUGCCCGCUAUUCCCAAACCUCCCUUUGGUGGAAACAAAAUGUCCUUCCUCACCGUGCCGUCUUAUGACGAGCGUCAGCGCUUUCGCAGUGUGAGCAUGGGAUCAGAGCUCACUGGGUCUUAGGUGGACGAUGGGUUGUGAUAUUCUCAUGAACCUUUGGCUGUUUGAAACCCUGUUCUUGUUUUCACCAGGGCAAUUAGUCAUAGAUACAAAACUGUGCUGCCACUUUUACUUUGAAUCUGCAGCACUUUUACUGAAGACUUAACACAUAUGUUAAAGAAAGCAACAGCUCCCCCAUAUUUUCAAAUAUUAUAAUAUAAUAUUAUAUAUUACCCUCCUUUUUAACUGAUGGUGUCUGAAAGUCAAAUGUGAACUGUACUACAUUUCUGGGAACUGGGAAGAACAUGUUGGUAUUUAAAGGUACAUUUUGGGAAGAUCUGUGCUCUCACUGAGUCUGUGAGAAGAAAAAUACUUAUCUCUGUUUAUUUAAUUCAGAUGUUUUCGCUAAAUUGCGCUAAACUAGUUUUAUCACAUUUAGUCUAGCUUAGCCCCAAGACAAGAUGCAGAGGGAGUUUGGCCUCCAUCGGAAAAGGAAAAUAAAAAUAAAAAGUUUCUUUAUGUUGUAUCUUAGUAUCUAGCAAACUACACACAAGGCAUCCAUAUUAGUUCAGUGUUGUCUUAUAAGCCGAGAACUUCACCAUGAAACAGGACUUUGGAGGUGCCAUGUGGCAGUUAGCUUAAUAAUUAAGCUACCUUCUUAGUAAUUAAACCAGCUGCUCCGUUUUCUUUUCUCUGAUUGUUAAAUACAGUAACUACAACACAGUGAGACAGCUUUGGAGUUGUUUAAAGGAACCGUUGGCAGAGCUAAGCUAGGUAUGUCCCUCUACUUUCAGUCAUUGUGCUAAUCUAGGCUAAACAUGUCAAAGCUAUACGUGUACAAAGGAGAGGAGACCAAUUUCCAGUUUUCCAGUUGUCUGCACAUUAUAUUGAAGAAUAUCAAUUUAUUGCCUGAAGUCUGUACUAGUAUUUUAGCAUUAACCAAAGUUUGGACUUUGAAAAUGGUGCUAAAACACAUAAAAUGAGCUACAGUUUUCUUUAUUCACUUUAUUUUCUUCUAUUGGCUCAUAAAAUAUAACUGUAAAUAAAAUGAUUUUUAAUG